AUGACACUUGAAAAAGAAAACAAACUGUCCAUCACUAUCUCAACACUUAUAGUCGUGGGACAUUGUACCUCUGCCUCUGUUGUUCCUGCAUAUAACAUGUCCCCACCAACAGAAUUAGAACUGAAGUCACUUUAUUUUCCCUCAUCUGCUCCUCCUACUAAGGAAAACUACUAUGACAAACAUUUGAGAAAGAGCACUAAGAAUGUUUCCAAGCUCACGCCUCUUUCGCCAGAAGUCAUCAGCCGACAAGCUACAAUUAACAUAGGCACAAUUGGUCAUGUGGCCCAUGGAAAGUCAACGGUAGUAAAAGCUAUUUCUGGAGUUCACACUGUUAGAUUCAAAAAUGAACUGGAAAGAAAUAUCACUAUCAAGCUGGGUUAUGCCAACGCUAAGAUCUACAAACUUGAUGACCCCAGUUGCUCCCGACCAGAGUGUUAUCGGUCCUGUGGAAGUAGUACGCCAGAUGAGUUCACUACAGAUAUUCCUGGGACCAAAGGGAAUUUUAAACUAGUCAGACACGUCUCUUUUGUCGAUUGUCCGGGCCAUGAUAUCUUGAUGGCUACUAUGCUGAACGGUGCAGCAGUCAUGGAUGCAGCGCUACUUUUGAUAGCUGGUAAUGAGUCAUGUCCUCAGCCCCAGACCUCUGAACAUCUAGCUGCUAUAGAAAUAAUGAAAUUGAAACACAUUCUAAUUCUACAGAAUAAGAUUGACUUGGUAAAGGAGAGCCAGGCCAAAGAACAGUAUGAACAGAUUCUUGCCUUUGUACAAGGUACAGUUGCAGAAGGAGCUCCUAUUAUUCCAAUCUCAGCACAGCUGAAAUACAACAUUGAGGUGGUUUGUGAGUAUAUAGUAAAGAAAAUUCCAGUCCCAUUGCGAGACUUCACAUCAGAACCAAGGCUUAUUGUAAUUAGAUCUUUUGACGUCAACAAGCCUGGAUGUGAAGUAGAUGAUCUUAAGGGAGGUGUAGCUGGUGGUAGUAUUCUAAAAGGUGUAUUAAAGGUAGGCCAGGAACUUGAAGUCAGACCUGGUAUUGUCUCCAAGGACAGUGAAGGAAAACUCAUGUGCAAGCCAAUCUUUUCCAAAAUUGUAUCACUUUUUGCAGAACAUAAUGAUUUACAGUAUGCUGCUCCAGGAGGCCUAAUUGGUGUGGGCACUAAAAUUGACCCAACUUUAUGUCGGGCUGAUCGAAUGGUGGGACAGGUUCUUGGUGCAGUUGGAGCACUCCCUGAAAUAUUCACAGAGCUAGAAAUUUCCUAUUUCUUGCUUAGGCGACUGCUAGGUGUGCGCACUGAGGGAGACAAGAAAGCUGCAAAGGUGCAAAAACUAUCCAAGAAUGAAGUUCUAAUGGUAAAUAUAGGAUCCUUGUCUACUGGAGGAAGAGUUAGCGCAGUGAAGGCUGAUUUGGGCAAGAUAGUGCUGACUAACCCCGUGUGCACAGAAGUAGGAGAAAAAAUUGCCCUUAGUAGAAGAGUUGAGAAACACUGGCGUUUAAUUGGCUGGGGUCAAAUAAGAAGAGGAGUGACAAUCAAGCCAACAAUAGAUGAUGACUGAAAAAUAAAAUAAGAGCUUCAUUUUGAGAGAUGGGAAUGCCUACUUCCAUAUAUUUAGGGGGAGUACAUUUUUUGAGUGAAAUUUGUCUCUCAGCUCCCAUUGUCCCAGAUAUUUUACUGAAAAGUUACCCUCUUACUAAAAUACUUGUCAGUAUCCAAUUAAAGGGUAAAAAUUGGCAUAGAGGUGGAUCUAACUAUCCACAUUUUAGCAGAAACUAAUUUUGUCUCAUGCCAUAUCUAAUUUAUGUUAAUUUGUUUGCAAAGAUCUGUUGAAUAUCAUUCAAGCCACCCCAAUGUACAACACAAACCACAAAACCUGUUUUGAAAUAAAAUAUUGCUUCUUAUUUUUUCAUUAAUUCUUAUCCUUUGAUAGUGAAAGGCUGCAAAGAUUGUUCAACCAGUACAAGAAUUUACAAAGAAAAUAAAAUCUCCUUGAAGACCA